GUCUCUAAACAUUUUAUACCGCAGAACAGAGGAGACAAAAAACGCCCGCAAACGCCUUCUUGAAGCCUCAGAUAAAGGAGACAGAUUCACAUAACCUUCCUCGAAGAGUCUAGCGCCAUAUCACCUUCUAUUUCAUUAUUCAAUCACUGCCGUUCGCUCUUUCAUUAACAGUCUUUCCUUUCUUCUCAGGAGGACAAAUUUAGGACUUGAUUCAGCUUUCUCACUAAAGACGGGUCUUUCAGUAUCUUGUUGGUCAUAUGUUGAUUGGAUGUGUUAAUUGAAGUGGAUCUUGAGAAAAUUUGAAAUGUGGUAGUGAAUCAUCUGUUGGGCAGUUUUACACGUGUUUAGGCAAAAUUUGGGUUGAUAUUAUGUUCGGUUGGGCAGGAAUUUGAAGCGAUUUGUGGCAUUAGGGGUAUUUCUUAUAGUGGAACUCCGAUUGUUUGGUGGAGUUUUUGUUGCUUGGUAAAUAUGGUGGUAGAUUCCAUUUCAGCACUAUCUUUUCUAGGGCAUUGGCCGAUGUGCCCACGAAUACCUCUCAAGGAUGUCUCUGGCAAAAGGAAACUUUCUGAUAACUUCCGGUUCUCUGUUACAGAAUUUAUUGGUGGAAGGGUUGUUAGUUUCCCGAUAUUAAAAGCUGAUAGGUCCAUUAGUUUGCCAAUUAGUGCUCUUGCAGUGGAGCUGGCAAAAGAGACUUAUUCAUUUAGAGAGGAAGAUAGAAUACGUUGUGAUUGGAACUACCGUGUAGACACUGGUGUUGACUGGAAAUCAGGUUUGUGGCCACCAGAGAAUAAAGCAGAUAACCCUUCACUGCAUAAUCCCUUGCUUCGACAUGAAAGAAUGGGUUGUGGUUGGUUAGGUGCUAUAUUUGAGUGGGAAGGAGUUAUAAUUGAAGAUAAUCCUGAUAUUGAGAAGCAGGCUUGGCUCACUCUUGCCCAAGAAGAAGGAAAAUCUCCUCCUCCAGCUUUCAUUCUUAGAAGAGUUGAAGGGAUGAAGAAUGAACAGGCCACAUCAGAAGUUCUGUGCUGGUCAAGAGACCCAACAGAAUUGAGGAGAAUGGCUUUGCGGUGGGAAGAAAUUUACCAGGCUCUGCAAGGUGGGAUAAAUAGAUUACGAAAUGGGUCUAAAGAGUUUGUGAAUGUAUUGAUGAAUUACAAGAUUCCGAUGGCUUUGGUUUCAACUUGUCCAAGAAAAAUCCUGGAGACUGCAAUUGUAACCGAAGGGAUUGAAGAGUACUUCACUGCAAUUAUAGCAGCAGAGGAUGUUCAUAGAGGAAAGCCUGAUCCAGAGAUGUUUGUGUAUGCAGCUCAACUUCUAAAGUUUAUACCUGAGCGGUGUAUUGUAUUUGGGAACUCUAAUCAGACAGUGGAGGCUGCUCAUGACGCACGUAUGAAGUGUGUGGCUGUUGCUAGCAAGCAUCCAGUGUAUGAGCUUGGAGCUGCUGACUUGGUGGUUAGGCAAUUAGAUGAGCUUUCAGUGGUUGAUCUGAAGAACCUUGGCGAUAUUGAAUCACCUGAAUCUGAAUCGUUAGAGCCAGAGUUGGAGUUGGAGGAGGAAGAAGAUUACCCUUCCUCUUCAACUGCAGUUGAUGAUAUUUUCUGGUAAAUCCCUUAUAAAUUGUACAGAUUACUUUCUGCUUCAUCCAAUUCUUGAAGAUAAUAAUCCUACAGUGCCCUUGUUGUGUAUAUCUGAAAAGCAGGGGAAAAAGGGAGAAAAAAAUAGUAAAAGAAAAUGGUAAUCCACAUUGGGUUGCCUUUAUGGUAUCAUGUAUGUAAUAUACAAACAUUGUAUAUGUUUGUCCAGUUCAAUCACUAUGUGAUGCAUCUUUUUCUAUUCAA